UACUAACGAGGACAUAUAAAGGUCUGUGGUCACAAAGGAGGGACACCAGCUGACCACACACCGUCGGAGUUGACCACACACCUAGCUCAGCCAUGGACAUUGAUUUGACAAACAGGGAUCCAAACAACAUCAACGACCAUAUCCAGGUCACCUUCGAGGAUAUAUUGGCUGAGCCGGAGGGCAUCCACAGCUUGGACUGUGUGUGGGUCAACUCCUUCAGGUGUUUCAACUGCUGGAAGAGUUGCAUCUACAACCUUCUCGCGUUUUUCUAUGGAAUCUGCAUAGCUGCUCGAUGGGGUUGUGAAUUUGCCGUCGUCGCAUUCGCACACGUCUGGAUCGUCACGCCAAUGUUCAAGUUCAUGGAACUAAACUGUGGCUGUAUCAAGAAGUUCUACGGGAUGUGCGUCCACUGUGUCUUGGACCCAUGCUGUGAAGGUUGUGGCAUGCUAUUCCAUGCAUUUCAGAAACAAUAGAACAUAGUGGCAACGUCGAAAGCGAAGAAAUCCUGCAUACACGAUCGUCUCUGAUAUUUGAAAAUGGUUAUGAGCUGGUAUUUUCGACAUUGUUGCGCUGACAUUUGGAAUAAUUCCAAUGUUUUCGAAUACAUUCAGCAACAUUAUGGUUUUCUGCUGUGGGAGCUGUGGCAUGCCUUUGCAUACAUUUAAAAAGUACCGACGACGUGAAAUUGCGAAGACUAUUCUGAUUACUGAACCUCUUCAGGAAACAUAAUAUUUUCUGUAUUUACUUUUUAUACAUACGUAUAUGCAAUGCAGCUAUUUUGUAAAACUGACAUGAUAUUUGGAACACUAAAUUAGAAAAAAAAUUCCUACAAAAUCC